AUGGAAACAAUAUAUUCAAAUUUAAAUUCUGUUAUAAAAUUUGAUCGACGUCGUUCAAUAACAACAGCAUCAGAUGUUGGAGAAAGUUUAUGUGAUGAUGAUGAUGAUGAUGAUUUAGAAUGGGAUAAAUCAGAUUUUAAUCGUCAUUUACCCGAAUCUGAUGCAUUAUCAUCAUAUGAUCUUAAUGAAAUGGCAGAAAUAUUACGUAAUCGUUUUCUUGAGUUUGAGAUGUCAUCACAAAUAGAUGAAUGUUCAACACCUUUUUGUCAAUCAACAAUAAACGAUAUUGUUGGUUUAAUAUCAAAUCAAGAUUUACAAAAAGAAAAUUUUCUUCGAAAUCAUUCAAUAUCAUCAAUAAUAACAUUUAAUUAUAAUUAUUUAAAUAAAAAUCAAAUUAUAAAACAUCGAUUAUAUCGAAGUUUAUCCAAUUUAAAUUUAAUUAAACAAAAAAAAAAAUCAUAUUUUCUUUUAUCAAAACAUUUAUCAUUAAUGAAUAUUAAAUCAAUUAAAUGGAAAUUUUUAAAACAUUCAAUACCAUGUACAAAUAUUUUAACAAAAAUCAAUUAUCAUAAAUCAUUUGGUUCUAUACCUCAAUCAGAAUCAGAACUAAUUAAUAAAAUAACGAAUAUUAAUAUUUCACGUUUAUCAAAAUUAGAUAUAUUUCGUUCAUAUUUAAUUCAAUUAAGAGAAAAGACUUAUUCAUUUAUUUUACAAAUAUUUCAAUCAACAAAAAUACCUCCUAUUACAGAAGAAACUAUUGAAACUUAUGAUAUUAUUGAAGGAUAG